CUUUUCUGGUUGUGUGGAGUCUGGACUCAACUCUAAAGGUUAUUUAUUCAUAAAGUGAUGGCAAAAGGAGAAGGAACCGAACAAUAUUCCAACAAUAAUUUAUUAACGAAUAAACCGGUCAACCCAGAUGUGGUCAAAUUAGCUGUGAAGCGUGAACAGAAGAACAGGUUGUCCGUAUGCAACAAGCUGUGCUACGCGGUGGGAGGAGCGCCCUAUCAGAUCACAGGAUGUGCUCUCGGCUUCUUCCUUCAGAUAUACCUAUUGGACGUGGCCCAGUUGGACCCGUUCUAUGCAUCGAUCAUCCUGUUUGUGGGGAGGGCCUGGGACGCUAUAACGGAUCCCACCAUAGGCUUCCUGGUCUCCCGCUCUCCCUGGACACGCUUCGGACGCAUGUUGCCAUGGAUCCUGUUCUCCACUCCUCUAGCCGUGGUCAGUUACUUCCUCAUCUGGUAUGUUCCUGUGUUUGAGGAUGGGAGGGUCAUCUGGUACCUGGUCUUCUACUGCCUCUUCCAGACCCUUCAGACGUGUUUCCAUGUGCCCUACUCAGCUCUGACCAUGUUCAUCAGUGAAGAUCAGAAGGAGAGAGACUCUGCCACUGCUUACAGAAUGACGGUAGAGGUUCUGGGUACUGUGAUUGGCACAGCCGUCCAGGGUCAGAUUGUGGGCAUGGCCAACGCCCCCUGUAUCCCCACGCCCGGUGACAAUGUCACGGCCGACCGAUUAAACUCCUCCCUGCUGCUGGAACAGGAAGUCAACGCCACGAUCACCACUGUCAUCACCCUGGACCAGACGAAAACGGCCUACAAUAUAGCCUCCGGUGUCAUCUGUUCCAUCUACGUGCUCUGUGCCGUGGUGCUGUUCUUCGGAGUCAAGGAGAAGAAAGAGUCGUCUCGCCCCCGGUCAGAGCGCAUGUCGUUCUGGCAGGGUAUCAGGCUGGUGAUGGGUCAUGGACCUUACGUCAAGCUGGUGAUGGGCUUCCUCUUCACUUCACUGGCUUUCAUGCUACUGGAAGGGAACUUUGCUCUGUUCUGCUGCUACACUCUGGGCUUAAGGAACGACUUCCAGAACAUUCUACUGGUCAUCAUGCUCGCUGCGACGCUCACCAUCCCCUUCUGGCAGUGGUUCCUCACCAAGUUUGGCAAGAAGACAGCUGUGUACAUUGGCACCUCUUCUGUGAUCCCCUUCAUGAUCCUGGUGGUGUGUGUGAAGAGUAAUCUCAUCAUCACCUACCUCGUGUCGUUCGCUGCCGGGGUCGGAGUCGCUGCUGCCUUCCUGUUGCCAUGGUCCAUGCUGCCAGACGUGGUGGAUGACUUCCAGGUCCAGAACCCAGACUCUCGGGGUCACGAAGCCAUCUUUUAUUCCUUCUACGUCUUCUUCACCAAGUUUGCCUCUGGAAUCUCUCUGGGGAUCUCUACUCUCAGCUUGGAUUUUGCAGGGUAUAUGACUCGAGGUUGCACCCAGCCUGAGAAUGUGGAUAUAACCCUGAAGGUUCUGGUCUCCGCGGCGCCCAUAGGACUCCUUCUGAUUGGUCUGGUCAUAUUCCGCUCUUAUCCAAUCGACGAAGAGAGGAGGCAGGGCAACAGGAAGCUGCUGCAGGAGCAACGGGAAAAUGAGGCCGACUCCGAAACCGACUCGACAGAACUGACAAACAUGGUGUAGGUUCUAGAACACUCAUGGACCAAUGGCGUGACUGAUUGUUGCUUGCACUGGGUGGGGCUAAUGAGGGGGGCUGGACCUAUCACAAAGGCGACACUGCUUCCAUCCAACCACACUGCUGCUUCAGGUCUCUGAACUUAAAAGGAUCACUAACACAAGCUCCAAAAACAGAAGAUGUUUCUAAAACUGCUGUUCCGUAUGACGAGGAACGACAACAUAUCUGACCCCCCCCCCCCCAUGGCAAAGGAAGCAUAUGACUGACGGCCUUCCUGGUUUAAGUCCCGCCCACUUCAGCUAUGACACAUUUUCCCAACAGAAGUCACCCGUUGUGUUGUCAGUGUUGUUUUGGGUCCAAUCUAAAACGGCAACCCAUUUCCUUGUGCACCACACGGGGCUGUAACUGUAGUGAACUCCAUGGGGACUUUUUACGGUGUCAUUUCAGACGUUUUUUUUUUUUUAUGUCAAAUUAAUGUUGCACAGGAACCUUAAUGUUAUGGGUACAAUGCAUAGUACUGUUGAUGUAUAUUGCCAUAACUUUAUCUAUUGUAGGUAUAACUUGAAAGUCUCUAAUGACUUUUUAGACACUGCACGAGAACAAUUUACUACAACCCUCUUUUUCCAGGGUGGAGAAGAAGACUGUCGAAAGCUAAAUAAGAGCCUUUUUAUUCAUUUUAUUUUUUACUGGUAUCGGUUACAAAAGCCAGACAUUUUAAAAUAAUAUAUAUAUUUCUUUUUAUUAGAAUAUUUCUACAACAAUUUUGAAUAUCAAAUGUUUCUACUAAGUGUAUACAGACUUCAGUUUGGUACUGUCUUGACUGGUAAGACUACUGUACUGUCUUGACUGGUAAGACUACUGUACUGUCUUGACUGUUAGGACUACUGUACUGUCUAGACUGUUAGGACUACUGUACUGUCUUGACUGAUACUGUACUGUCUUGACUGAUAGGACUACUGUACUGUCUUGACUGGUAGGACUACUGUACUGUCUUGACUGAUAGGACUACUGUACUGUCUUGACUGUUAGGACUACUGUACUGUCUUGACUGUUAGGACUCUGACUAAUUUGUACUGCCGUGACUAUUAGGGCUCUGACUAAUUUGUACUGUCGUGACUGUUAGGACUCUGACUACUUUGUACUGUCGUGACUGUUAGGACUCUGACUACUUUGUACUGUCGUGACUGUUAGGGCUCUGACUAAUUUGUACUGUCGUGACUGUUAGGGCUCUGACUAAUUUGUACUGUCGUGACUGUUAGGGCUCUGACUAAUUUGUACUGUCGUGACUGUUAGGGCUCUGACUAAUUUGUACUGUCGUGACUGUUAGGGCUCUGACUAAUUUGUACUGUCGUGACUGUUAGGGCUCUGACUAAUUUGUACUGUCGUGACUGUUAGGGCUCUGACUAAUUUGUACUGUCGUGACUGUUAGGGCUCUGACUAAUUUGUACUGUCGUGACUGUUAGGACUCUGACUACUUUGUACUGUCGUGACUGUUAGGGCUCUGACUACUUUGUACUGUCGUGACUGUUAGGGCUCUGACUACUUAGGGCUCUGACUACUUUGUACUGUCGUGACUGUUAGGGCUCUGACUACUUAGGGCUCUGACUACUUUGUACUGUCUUGACUGUUAGGGCUCUGACUACUUAGGGCUCUGACUACUUAGGGCUCUGACUACUUAGGGCUCUGACUACUUAGGACUCUGACUACUUAGGGCUCUGACUACUUUGUACUGUCUUGACUGUUAGGGCUCUGACUACUUAGGGCUCUGACUACUUAGGGCUCUGACUACUUAGGGCUCUGACUACUUAGGGCUCUGACUACUUAGGGCUCUGACUACUUAGGGCUCUGACUACUUAGGACUCUGACUACUUAGUUCUCUGUCUACUUAGGGCUCUGACUACUUAGGGCUCUGACUACUUAAUUCUCUGUCUACUUAGGGCUCUGACUACUUAAUUCUCUGACUACUUAAUUCUCUGACUACUUAGGGCUCUGAAUACUUAGGGCUCUGACUACUUAAUUCUCUGACUACUUAGGGCUCUGACUACUUAAUUCUCUGACUACUUUGUACUGUCUUGACUGUUAGGACUCUGACUACUUAGGGCUCUGACUACUUAGGACUCUGACUACUUAGGGCUCUGACUACUUAGGGCUCUGACUACUUAGGGCUCUGACUACUUAGGGCUCUGACUACUUAAUGCUCUGUCUACUUAGGGCUCUGACUACUUAAUUCUCUGACUACUUAGGGCUCUGACUACUUAGGGCUCUGACUACUUAGGGCUCUGACUACUUAGGGCUCUGACUACUUAAUUCUCUGACUACUUAGUUCUCUGACUACUUAGGGCUCUGACUACUUAGGGCUCUGACUACUUAGGGCUCUGACUACUUAAUUCUCUGUCUACUUAGGGCUCUGACUACUUAGGGCUCUGACUACUUAGGGCUCUGACUACUUAAUUCUCUGACUACUUAGGGCUCUGACUACUUAGGGCUCUGACUACUUAGGGCUCUGACUACUUAGGGCUCUGACUACUUAAUUCUCUGACUACUUAAUUCUCUGUCUACUUAGGGCUCUGACUACUUAGUUCUCUGACUACUUAGGGCUCUGACUACUUAAUUCUCUGACUACUUAAUUCUCUGACUACUUAAUUCUCUGUCUACUUAGGGCUCUGACUACUUAGUUCUCUGACUACUUAGUUCUCUGACUACUUAGGGCUCUGACUACUUUGUAUUUUCUUAAUCCAGCUGCUUCUGAUGUGUAAUAUGUUGUCGACCUGUUAGUCCCAGUAUCUGCAUACUGUCAAUUCAACAUUUAUUUUUUUCCUUUUCUAAAUAUGUACAUAAACAAAAACAACAAUAAUAAUAAUAAUAAGUUAGAUUUGUAUAGUUUAGUUCCUUUUUAAGACAUUGUCUGCUGUUUGACACACUUCGCAAGGAAGUGAGGUCUCUUAUCAAUGUUUGUUUUACAAGUCGUGUGUUUCGUGCAGUUUUGAAACCAUCUCAAAUGUUUCCUUACCCACUUUUCUAUGUGCGGGUUUGUUUUGCACGGUCCAGUGCCCCUGGUGGGUGGAGAUUUCACUUAAGGACCAAUGCAAUGCUCUAAAAUAUACAAACACUGCCUUACCCAAGGGGACCGGGCCAUACAAAAUGAACUUGACCAUAAGCAUAUUCAACACGGGAGGUAUUCAUUAGGAAAGCAAACAGGGAGGAACCUACCCGAAUUCGUGCAAUAUAAACAUUCCUAGUGCACAAAUGAAUACACCCCAGUGUGGCCCAGAAGAGAUUUGGGACCAACUCUGUAGUCUAAUAAACUGGAGGUAAAAGCUGUGUUCAUCACAGCACUUAACCUCACCAUUAAACUAGAACCACUAGUACAACUGUUAACCAAGCUAUUUCACACAGCCUGUACAAUCUAUAGUAUCACUACAACACCGUUACUAGUUCAAGACUUAGUGUUGGGCAAAAACAUAACGACAGCUCGUACUAAUCUAGAAUGACUACCGUUUGAAGUAUUUUUUUGUUGAAAAAAUGUCCUGCUUAUAUUCUAGAUUUAUCCUAUUUUUUAAAUAACAUUUUUAAAGGUUGCUGUUGCGACUGAAAUGAGUUCUGAAUGCGUACCACAAAGUUACUACUAUGUGUAUUGGUCUCAAAACCUUUUUAUUUGGAAAGUUAACUGUAUCUUUAUUAAUUUUAAUUUAUUUUACAUUUUGAAAUGGUAAAUCCUCAGUCUUGUCUUUUUGUGUAGCUGUGGUUUUUUUUUUUGGGGGGGGGGGCAAGCAAGUCAAAGUAUUUGAAAAUGGGGGUGUAUGAAGUUUUGAAAGUGUCCACAGGAUGUCAGUUGAAAUUGAAAUUGAUUUACAGACGAAGACCACUAAGCCUAUACAUCAGCUCCAUGGAAAAUAUCAUCUUACACUGAAAUAUACACUGAAUUUUUUAUUUUUUAUUUUAUUUUUUUAAACAUGCAAUGAUUUUAAUGAGUUAUAUGAACUGUAUAAGGAAAUCAAGUCAAGUGAAAUAACUGAAUUAGGCCCUAAUCUAUGGAUUUCACAUGACUGGGAAUACAGAUAUGCAUCUGUUGGUCACAUAUCAACAACGACAAAAAGGUAGAGGCGUGGAUGGAUCAGGAAACCAGUCAGUAUUCGGAGUGAACGGCUUCGUGCAGCGCGACACAUCUCUUUCUUGAUCAGGCUGUUGAUUGUGGCCUGUGGAAUGUCGUCUCACUCCUCUUCAAUGGCUGUGGGAAGUUACUGGAUGUUGGUCGGGAACUGGAACACGCCGUCAUACACGUAGAUCCAGAGCAUCCCAAACAUGCUCAAUGGGUUGACACGUAGAUCCACCUGUGUAAUGAUCGUUCUGUUUAAUCAGCUUUCUUGAUAUGCCACACCUGUCAGGUGGAUGGAUUAUCUUGACAAAGGAUAAAAUGCUCACUUAACAGGGAUGUUAAACACAUUUGUAGACAAUGGAAAGUUUCUGGGAUCUUUAAUUCCAGCUCAUGAAACAUGAGAUCAACACUUUACAUGAUGCAUUUAUAUUGUUUGUUCAGUGUAUUAACAACGUUAUGUUAUACAUACGGUUUAUAUAUUUACAGACAAUUAUAGUGUUUGAUUUAGUCUCUCUAGUGGUCACCUAGCUCUGGUCCUAGUUAGAGGAACGGUCUAGUGCCCUGGACCAGAGCUAGUGGACAUCUUGUGUGCCAAAAGUGGUUAGAGAGAAGACUAUAAAUCCUACUUCGGUUACCAGACGUCUCCAUUUCUACCUGAUCAGUCACAUACGAUGGGAAAAACUUGUCAUUGUCCCACACAAUGAUAUCCGCGAGGGGAGUGUGGAUCUGUCUAUCUGUUAUUUGUCACACGCUAUCUGACAGCACUGGGACGAUUUGUGGAUUAAACUUGGGUGAAUGAUGCCUCUUGCCAUAGAGAUCUGACAUUUUAGAAAAAUUACACUGAUUGGCCCAAGACAGGAGCUAAUGGUAAUUAACUGAAAUGUGUUUAGUCACAUUAGUUCAUGUUUACUGUUGUCUUGUUUUUUUGUUUUUUUUGUUUUGUUUUGAUGAAUAUGUUUGGCGAUGACCUUCCUGUUCGACUCAAGGCAGUAGAAGGCAAACGUGUUUAGGCUCUAAAACGAGAAUCGUUUUUAACAUAACUUACUUCCACACAGAGCUGUAAUAAUGCCUUGUAUACACACACACACACACACACACACACACACACACACACACACACACACACACACACACACACACACACACACACACCAUCUCCUGUGCAUAAUGUAAAUAUAUGUAAGUAAAAGUUGUAUAUCUUUUGAUAUCCGUGCCAGAAAGUGAUCUGAACGGGUGUUCGAAGUAGUUAUUUAAUAAAUGUUAUACUAAUUGA